AUCAUAAGGGGAGUUGUUCAACAACUCGUGGUGUGAAGUAACUCAUCUGAGGGGUUAAAGGGUUAAAUUUCAAACGCAGUCCCAGCCAACCGGCUGCUCGCGCGCUGAUCGGUGAUUACCGGAGCACUAGGGGAGGCGCAUAUAUUCCGCACAUCAGAAGCGCGUGAGACAGCAUUCAGUGCGCGGACCUCAGUGAGCGCAACGAGACUUUCUCCUCUCUUUCCCUGCUGCUUUAUUCAUGGAUACUAACCUGGGAUUUGUGUACGACUGACGCACUGCUUCUUGAAUAUCUAUACGAAGUGCAUGGACAGCAAAACGUGGUUUAUAAAGUCAAGAAGCAAUAGUUGCUUUGUAAAAAAAUAUUUCAAACUUGUACUUGUUAGUCUUAUUUAUAAAUCAUAACAUUAUUGCAUUGGAAUUAUAAUCUAUAUGUAGAUUUGGGCAAGCCGAAAAAGUUAAAUUGGAUUCUUAGGGCUUGGACAACCAUGACGACUUUUUGCAAGUUCAAUUCUUCAAGUCCAUUUUAAGAUCCAACACAGGACGCAUUGGAUCAGUAUACCAGCAGCAGGUCUGGUACCAGGAGACUGGACUCUCCUCUAUAGACCUGGUCUGGUGGUUGGGCUCGUUUCAAGGGAGAUCUCCUCGAGGUAUGUUUCUGGACUCCUCGCGCUCAGGAGCGACUCCAAGGCUCCUACAGUGUUCGUCUUUCUUUCUGGGUGGAAAACUGACAUUGGAUGGAGAUGAGAACCUUAUUUUGCUGCUUUCUGCUCCUCACGUCGCACCUCCUGCCAGCAGCUGCUGAGAAGGAAUUCGCAAUCCCACAAGACUUCAUAGACAGACUGUCGCACAGCGAAAUCAACAGCAUCAGCGACCUCCAGCGGCUACUGGAGGUAAAUUCCCCAGGUGCUGGAAAUGAGGUGAUCGAGGAGGUCAAACACAGACACCAUCAGAAGAACCAUCAUCAUCCGGCUUCCUCAGAUCUGAAGAGUCACCAACUGUCCCACAGACGCAAGAGGAGCAUCGUUGAGGAGGCGGUGCCAGCCAUGUGCAAGACACGGACGGUGAUCUACGAGAUCCCUCGCAGUCAAGUGGAUCCCACGGCUGCAAACUUCCUAAUAUGGCCUCCGUGCGUGGAGGUGAAGCGCUGCACGGGCUGCUGCAACACCGCUAGCAUGCGCUGUCAUCCGUCCAAAAAACACCACCGAACUGUCAAGGUGGCAAAGGUAGAGUUCGCAUCCCGUAAGAAAGCGAAAUUGAAGGAGGUGCUCGUCAGGUUAGAGGAUCAUCUGGAAUGCGUGUGCACAUCACAGCAUCAUGUGACGGAGCAUGUGGAAGCAGACACAGGCCCUCGCAAAGUAAAAAAUGGUAAAAAACGGAAACACAGAAAGCAAGCGGGGGCAGCACCGAUCAACAAGGACAUUCAAUAAAAAGUAAACGUUUCCUAACACACAGCGGACCAAAAUAUCCUGCAGUGGACAUGAGAUGAAACCGCAUUAAACGUUUGAUCGAAGGACAUCGGGUGGCUACGCAGCGCUCCAGCAGCACUGGGACUUUGACCUCUGAUGCAUCACUGUAUAGAUACUGUUUCCAGAGGAACAUCAAGACAAAAUCAACACCAAAGGUGCUUUUAUAAUCCUGCUAGGAUGUCAAACACUGAAGACAACGAGAUAUGUAUUCAGUAGUGGUCACACACUGGGCAGAAACGAAACUGACAAACAAGACAUUUGUAUUGUUUCUUUUUCGUUCACGCAAGACUCGCAUAAGAGGUCAAAGAUGUUAAUGAAGAGAACACUACGUUUCGAGAGAUGCGCGCUUGGGAUCGGAUCCACUCGAGCUGGAGCCCACGAAGGGACAGAUUCACAGAAUUCGAUGAGGAAUAACAAAUAAAGGGAUGUUUGGACGAAGCACUCCAGUUGUCAUAUAACUUUGCUGUUUGCGUCCCUGCAUUAGUCCUCCUGGGUCCAGAACAUUGAACUUGUUAUUUCCAAUGUGCCUCUACAACCCAUCGUCCUUCUAAAGCAUUUCCAUGAAUAAAAAAGACUUGAGUAUAUCCAGAAGAAGGUGAACUCUAAUUCAGUACCAGAAUAAAGUAUUUAUGUAUGUGAUCUCUAUCUUAACCUCUCUGUGUCCGGUGUAACAAGGACUCCUCCUCUUCCAUGUACAAACAUUAUCCGUACCAUUCUCUCUCACUCUCCGUUUCACACGUAUUUUACAGCGUAUCGCAAAGCUAGGAGAUAGCAAAGAUGUGUAUGAGACAGUUAUGGAAAGAUGCUUUAUUUUUGUUAAAAUAUAUUUAUAAUGUGUACGUGUAGAAUCAAGCAGGAUCUUUAUGUAUAUUUUCAUUAAUUGUGGUGUAAUGGUGCUUCGUAGGAUUUAUCCAGGCAGGACAUGAUCCUGACACUUUUGUUGCUCCUGGUGCAAAUACAUAAGUUGUUGUAAUAUGCGAUGUUGUACAAGAAGCAACAACGUUGAAAAAGGAGAAUGUCCUGCUUGGGAAAUCUAAUUGUACAUUCACAUGGUUGUAAGGAAUAGAUGGUCUUGACCUAGAUGAGGAAAUAAUGGAGGGCCGGUGUCCUUCAGAGUUGAGCUCUAAUUCUAACCCAACACUACCGGGGAGGCCUUUUGAAAUCUUCGGGAUUAUUUGACAAUCUGGUGUGUUGGAUUUGCGUUGGAAAUAAACUUUGCAUGACAUUGGUCCUUCAGGACCUCAUACAGUAUCAGAAACGUGCUUAUUGUAGUAAAUGCUUAUAGCAGUGGUUCUCAAACUGGGGGCCCCCAAGAUGGAUGCAGGGGAAAUGUUUUCUAUACGAAAUAUAGAAAUGUAUAGAUUUUAUGCAAUCAAACAUCAGAAAUGUUUCAGCAUUGUAUAACUGAAUAUGUUUUUGGUUUAAUUAAAAUAAAAUAAAAAAUUUAAUGGGGGGGAAGCAUUACAUUAUACAAUAAAGGGGGCCCCACAACAAAAAAGUUUGAGAACCACUGGUUUAUGGGACCAUCUGUCACAUCGUCGGUUCAUUGUUUCCUAUUAUUCACUGUAACUUGCAUACACACAGAGACAAAAGUACCGCAAAUAGCCAGUAAACAAUUUCCUUACGUAUAAAGCUAUGUAACAAAAUAAAAAGAUCUGAACAAAUAAAGAGUUUGUUAAUCUUGUUCUUGAAAGCCA